UCAUUUCAAUGGCCAAGACUAGCGGUGCAAUACGCCGUGUGUGAUUCAUCGCAAACUCUACAUACGAUAGAUUCUUGCCUUCGCUUACCAUACAAACUCAUCCUAAUGGACGAUUCCACAAUAUGAGCUGAAAAUUCGGCAUCUUAAUGGCUAUGAACUGUUUACAGCAGUGCUCAGUACUUCUGAGUCUGCUGGUUUGGUGCGGGCAAAUACAUGGAGUACAGGGGGCUUGCACAACUGAAAUUUUAGCGUCGGUGUUUGGAACUCUUGGAGCUGUAAUAUUUGCAGCAAUAGUUGCCGCUUUGAUAUGGUAUUUUUGCCUUCGAAAACCCGGAAAACCCAAGGACCAGGACGUUGAGUUAGAUGGCGCAGAAAAGACGUCCGGAAAAUAUGAAGCUGGGGCGAUUAUCGGAUGUCCGCAUUGCAAAGGCAACUUCAGACUCCCUCCUUAUAGUGGAUCCAUGUCCGGCCCAUCAUUCCGUCCUGGAAGCCGUGAGAUGGCCGUGGACGUGGACGUCCCAAAUAACAAUUUCAGUGGCUCUAUCAACGGGCCAAAAGGAUCCCUCCAAGGCUCAGGGGGCUCUCUCAACGGGCCAUCCUUUGACAACGGCGGCCUGGAUGCAGACGGGAAGAUACCAUACAUUGUUGGUCCAACUGUGGACACAUCAAUUAAGCGCGCACCAAAUGGGUCAUUAGGCCUGGUUGUAGCCGAGGAAAAGGGGUUCCAGAAACCUGCCAUGUUCGUUCGCAACGUCAUUCCUGGCAGUCCAUCGGCGGAAGGAGGUGUCCUGGAACGUGGAGAUGAAGUCGUAGGUAUCAAUGGUGUGAACACAGAGGACAUGACUCAUCAACAGGCCAUGGAUCUUAUCAAGAGUUCCCCGGGUAAAAUAGACCUGAAGAUAGUCAAGAACUCCCUCGAUAUUAAAGGUAAAAUGAAAGCAAGAGCGCCAAGUGCCAGGCUACCUGAAACAAAAAUCAACAUGCCCGAAGGAGACGCCCACAUAUCCGGGCCUAACGCCUCCGUGCCUAAAGCAUCCAAGGCCAAGGGUGGCAUGAGCUGCUGUUCCAAGCCAAAGACAAAAGGUGACAUGAACUACUCAUACGAGAUGGAGCCCGUAGAAUACAAAGGACGAGACCUCAAGGGUCCCAAUAUCAGUCCAAGAUCACAUGUUAUUGACAUCGACGGAGGCGUCAAGACACCGGAAGUAGAGUUACCUGUGCGGCAGGGUAUUGAGAAUGCAGCUUUUGAAAGUCCUGAUUUAGACGCCUCCCUGGAAGGUACGGAUGUCGACUUUAGGGGACCAUCAUUUAAUGGACCCAAAGGAGGGGCUUCAUUUGAUGGACCGGGUGGAUCUCUGAGAGGACCUUCCUUUGAUGGACCUAAGGGAGGGGCUUCAUUUGGUGGACCAGACGGAUCUCUGAGAGGGCCUUCCUUUGAUGGACCGAAGGGAGGAGUCUCAUUCAAUGGCCCUGAUGGAUCUCUCAGUGGACCCUCCUUUGAUGGGCCUAAAGGAGGGGCCUCAUUUGGCGGACCAAAAGGCUCAGUGCAAGGUCCAGAUUUGAAUAUAGGAGGAGGCGCUAAUAUCAAAGCACCUAAAGGUGGAGCAUCGUUUGAUGGGCCUGGGGGUUCCUUAAGUGGCCCGUCAUUUGACGGACCAAGUGGAAGCGGCGGAGUGAAUGUGAAAGGCCCGAAGUUGUCUGGACCAUCUGCAGACCUGGACACAUCUGUGGAUGGGGCGGACAUUCCAUACAUUGUCGGGCCCAAGAAAGAGACAAUAGUGUUAAAGGAUGCUAAUGGCGCGCUUAAGUUCCUCAUCGCCAAGGAGCCAGGCAUGCCAAGCCCUGCGCUCUUCGUGAGAAAAGUCUUUGCUCCUCCUUCGCAAGUCGGUGGUCUUGAGCCAGGAGAUGAAAUUGUUGGCAUUAAUGGCAAGUCGAUAAAGGGAAAGUCACACGAGGAAGCGAUGAAUUUGAUAAGACAUACACAGGGACAUCAAAUCGACCUUACUAUUGUCAAGAACUCGCGCGAUACAAAAGCUAAUCUGAAGUGGAAGAAACCAGAAGUUGAUGUGCAUACACCAGACGCCAAGAUGUCAAAGCCAAAAUUCAGCUGCUGUGGCUCACCAAAAACAAAAGGCGAAGCAAACUAUUCGUACGGCGUAGACGGAGAUGGAGCAGAUAAUAACGUAAAAGGUCCUGAAGGAAAGGUGUCACGGCCAGACGUGAAUGUCAGAGGUCCCAAAGGGAAAGUUCCACAAGACGAUGUUAACGUUAGAGGUCCUUCGGGAUCAGUGAAUAAUCCUGAAGGCUUUGUAGACGUGGAUAUUGACGGCCCAGAUGUUCACGGUACCAACGCUAACAUCAAAAGGCCUAAUGUCAAAGGUAAUAAAAAGAUAAAAGGUGCGAAAGUUUCUUGCUGCGCCUCGCCUAAGGGUGGCGACGACUUUGACAAUCACUACGAACUUCCAAAGCCAAGAGGAAGCAUAGAUGGACCAGAUUUUGAGGUUAACGGACCAAAAGGUGACCUAGAUGGAGACUUCGACAUUCCAUCACCAUCUCGGCCAGGUAUCAACGUUGAUGGUCCUCGGUUUCCUAAAGUAAAGAAACAAAUCGAUGCUACAGACAUGUCAGUCAGAGGACCUGAGAUUGCUGGCCCGGACUUUGAUCCAAACAUCGAUGGACCAGGUAUCAAGGGUCCGGGAUGGAAGGGACCAAACAUCAAGGAGCCUACAUUCGAAGGCAAAGCAAAAACUCCUAAUAUAAAAGGGGAUGUCGACAUUGAAGGACCUGAUGCUGAUGUAGAUGGCUCCAGCUGGAAAUUUAAGGGACCAAAGAUGCCGAAAUUUGGUGGAAACGGACGCUCGCCAGACGUAGAUAUACAUGGUCCAGACUUUAACGGAGACAUUGACUCCCCUGACAUUGACAUAAAGGGAAAAAUUGACUCCCCAGAAGUCAACGUAAAAGGAGAUAUAGACAGUCCUGAUGCUGAUAUCAACGGACCAGGCUGGAAGUUCAAGGGACCUAAGAUGCCAAAGUUCAAGGGACCGUCAUUCGAAGGAAAAGGAAAGUCAGGUCAUAUAGAUAUCGAGGGACCGGACUUCGAUGGCCCUAAUGUAAAAGGUGACAUCGACACUCCCGAUAUCAAUUUAAAAGGAGACAUUGAUACACCAGACGUCAACGUAAAGGGAGACAUCGACGGACCUGAUGCUGAUGUGCAUGGACCAGGCUGGAAGUUUAAAGGACCUAAGAUGCCAAAAUUUAAAGGACCGACAUUUGGGGGAAAAGGAAAGUCUGGCGACAUUGACUACGAUGGACCUGACUUCGAUGGUCCCAAAGUAAAAGCUAACGUUGAGGUUCCAGACGCAAGUAUUAAAGGGCCUGAUAUCGAUGGCUCAGCAGGCGGCGGUAUAAAUCUUCCAGAUGCAAACAUCAAGGGGCCCGGAUUCAAAAUCAAGGGCGACCAUGACGGAUCUUCCUCAGAUUCUGACGAUGACCAUUCUCACGGAUUCUCAAUGCCGAAAUUCAAGAUGCCUAAAUUCAAGGGACCAUCCUUCGGGGGAAAAGGGAAAUCUGGCGACAUCGAUGUCGAGGGGCCAGAGUUAAAAGGCCCCAAAGUGGAAGGAGACAUUGACACCCCUGACGUCAAUGUGAAAGGAGACAUCGAUACCCCUGACUUCAACGUAAAGGGAGACAUCGAUGGACCUGAUGCUGAUAUCAACGGUCCAAGCUGGAAGUUCAAGGGACCAAAGAUGCCCAAAUUCAAGGGACCGUCAUUCGGAGGAAAGGGAAAGUCUGGCGAUAUAGAUAUUGAGGGACCGGACUUCGACGGACCUAAUGUGAAAGGCGACAUCGACCCUCCCGAUAUCAAUUUAAAAGGAGACAUUGAUACACCAGACGUCAACGUAAAGGGAGACAUCGACGGACCUGAUGCUGAUGUGCACGGACCAGGCUGGAAGUUUAAAGGACCUAAGAUGCCAAAAUUCAAAGGACCGUCAUUUGGGGGAAAAGGAAAGUCUGGCGACAUUGACUACGAUGGACCUGACUUCGAUGGUCCCAAAGUAAAAGCAAACGUCGAGGUUCCAGACGCAAGUAUUAAAGGGCCUGAUAUCGAUGGCUCAGCAGGCGGCGGUAUAAAUCUUCCAGAUGCAAACAUCAAGGGACCCGGAUUCAAAAUCAAGGGCGACCAUGACGGAUCUUCCUCAGAUUCGGACGAUGACCAUUCUCACGGAUUCUCAAUGCCGAAAUUCAAGAUGCCUAAAUUCAAGGGACCAUCCUUCGGGGGAAAAGGGAAAUCUGGCGACAUCGAUGUCGAGGGGCCAGAGUUAAAAGGCCCCAAAGUGGAAGGAGACAUUGACACCCCUGACGUCAAUGUGAAAGGAGACAUCGAUACCCCUGACUUCAACGUAAAGGGAGACAUCGAUGGACCUGAUGCUGAUAUCAACGGUCCAAGCUGGAAGUUCAAGGGACCAAAGAUGCCCAAAUUCAAGGGACCGUCAUUCGGAGGAAAAGGAAAGUCUGGCGAUAUAGAUAUUGAGGGACCGGACUUCGACGGACCUAAUGUGAAAGGCGACAUCGACCCUCCCGAUAUCAAUUUAAAAGGAGACAUUGAUACACCAGACGUCAACGUAAAGGGAGACAUCGACGGACCUGAUGCUGAUGUGCACGGACCAGGCUGGAAGUUUAAAGGACCUAAGAUGCCAAAAUUCAAAGGACCGUCAUUUGGGGGAAAAGGAAAGUCUGGCGACAUUGACUACGAUGGACCUGACUUCGAUGGUCCCAAAGUAAAAGCAAACGUCGAGGUUCCAGACGCAAGUAUUAAAGGGCCUGAUAUCGAUGGCUCAGCAGGCGGCGGUAUAAAUCUUCCAGAUGCAAACAUCAAGGGACCCGGAUUCAAAAUCAAGGGCGACCAUGACGGAUCUUCCUCAGAUUCGGACGAUGACCAUUCUCACGGAUUCUCAAUGCCGAAAUUCAAGAUGCCUAAAUUCAAGGGACCAUCCUUCGGGGGAAAAGAGAAAUCUGGCGACAUCGAUGUCGAGGGGCCAGAGUUAAAAGGCCCCAAAGUGGAAGGAGACAUUGACACCCCUGACGUCAAUGUGAAAGGAGACAUCGAUACCCCUGACUUCAACGUAAAGGGAGACAUCGAUGGACCUGAUGCUGAUAUCAACGGUCCAAGCUGGAAGUUCAAGGGACCAAAGAUGCCCAAAUUCAAGGGACCGUCAUUCGGAGGAAAGGGAAAGUCUGGCGAUAUAGAUAUUGAGGGACCGGACUUCCACGGACCUAAUGUGAAAGGCGACAUCGACACUCCCGAUAUCAAUUUAAAAGGAGACAUUGAUACACCAGACGUCAACGUAAAGGGAGACAUCGAUGGACCUGAUGCUGAUGUGCAUGGACCAGGCUGGAAGUUUAAAGGACCUAAGAUGCCAAAAUUCAAAGGACCGUCAUUUGGGGGAAAAGGAAAGUCUGGCGACAUUGACUACGAUGGACCUGACUUCGAUGGUCCCAAAGUAAAAGCUAACGUCGAGGUUCCAGACGCAAGUAUUAAAGGGCCUGAUAUCGAUGGCUCAGCAGGCGGCGGUAUAAAUCUUCCAGAUGCAAACAUCAAGGGGCCCGGAUUCAAAAUCAAGGGCGACCAUGACGGAUCUUCCUCAGAUUCUGACGAUGACCAUUCUCACGGAUUCUCAAUGCCGAAAUUCAAGAUGCCUAAAUUCAAGGGACCAUCCUUCGGGGGAAAAGGGAAAUCUGGCGACAUCGAUGUCGAGGGGCCAGAGUUAAAAGGCCCCAAAGUGGAAGGAGACAUUGACACCCCUGACGUCAAUGUGAAAGGAGACAUCGAUACCCCUGACUUCAACGUAAAGGGAGACAUCGAUGGACCUGAUGCUGAUAUCAACGGUCCAAGCUGGAAGUUCAAGGGACCAAAGAUGCCCAAAUUCAAGGGACCGUCAUUCGGAGGAAAGGGAAAGUCUGGCGAUAUAGAUAUUGAGGGACCGGACUUCCACGGACCUAAUGUGAAAGGCGACAUCGACACUCCCGAUAUCAAUUUAAAAGGAGACAUUGAUACACCAGACGUCAACGUAAAGGGAGACAUCGAUGGACCUGAUGCUGAUGUGCAUGGACCAGGCUGGAAGUUUAAAGGACCUAAGAUGCCAAAAUUCAAAGGACCGUCAUUUGGGGGAAAAGGAAAGUCUGGCGACAUUGACUACGAUGGACCUGACUUCGAUGGUCCCAAAGUAAAAGCAAACGUCGAGGUUCCAGACGCAAGUAUUAAAGGGCCUGAUAUCGAUGGCUCAGCAGGCGGCAGUAUAAAUCUUCCAGAUGCAAACAUCAAGGGACCCGGAUUUAAAAUCAAGGGCGACCAUGACGGAUCUUCCUCAGAUUCGGACGGUGACCAUUCUCACGGAUUCUCAAUGCCGAAAUUCAAGAUGCCUAAAUUCAAGGGACCAUCCUUCGGGGGAAAAGGGAAAUCUGGCGACAUCGAUGUCGAGGGGCCAGAGUUAAAAGGCCCCAAAGUGGAAGGAGACAUUGACACCCCUGACGUCAAUGUGAAAGGAGACAUCGAUACCCCUGACUUCAAUGUGAAAGGAGACAUCGAAGGACCUGAUGCCGAUAUUGACAGCCCUGGGUGGAAGUUCAAAGGACCUAAGAUGCCCAAGUUCAAGGGACCGUCAUUCGGAGGAAAGGGAAAGUCUGGCGAUAUAGAUAUUGAGGGACCGGACUUUGACGGACCUAAUGUGAAAGGCGACAUCGACACUCCCGAUAUCAAUUUAAAAGGAGACAUUGAUACACCAGACGUCAACGUAAAGGGAGACAUCGAUGGACCUGAUGCUGAUUUGCAUGGACCAGGCUGGAAGUUUAAAGGACCUAAGAUGCCAAAAUUCAAAGGACCGUCAUUUGGGGGAAAAGGAAAGUCUGGCGACAUUGACUUCGAUGGACCUGACUUUAAAAGCCCGAAGUUGAAAGGCGAAAUCGACACUCCAGACAUUAACGUAAAAGGAGACUUAGACACGCCAGAUGUCAAUGUGAAAGGAGACAUCAAUGGACCUGAUGUAGAUAUCGAUGGGCUAGGCUGGAAGUUCAAAGGGCCCAAAAUGCCAAAUUUCAAAUCCCCUUCUUUCGGAGGAAAAGGCAAAACUCCAGAUGUAGAUGUUCAUGGCUCAGAUUUUAAUGGCCCACCAGUGCAAUUUGACGUAGAUGUUCCAGACACAAGUAUUAAAGGGCCUGAUAUCGAUGGCUCAGCAGGCGGCGGUAUAAAUCUUCCAGAUGCAAACAUCAAGGGACCCGGAUUUAAAAUCAAGGGCGACCAUGACGGAUCUUCCUCAGAUUCGGACGAUGACCAUUCUCACGGAUUCUCAAUGCCAAAACUCAAGAUGCCUAAAUUCAAGGGACCAUCCUUCGGGGGAAAAGGGAAAUCUGGCGACAUCGAUGUCGACGGGCCAGAGUUUAAAGGUCAAAAAGUGGAAGGAGACAUUGACACCCCUGACGUCAAUGUGAAAGGAGACAUUGAUACACCAGACGUCAACGUAAAGGGAGACAUCGAUGGACCUGAUGCUGAUAUCAACGGACCAGGCUGGAAGUUCAAGGGACCAAAGAUGCCCAAGUUCAAGGGACCAUCCUUCGGGGGAAAAGGGAAAUCUGGCGACAUCGAAGUCGAGGGACCAGGUUUUAAAGGUCCCAAAAUAAAAGGAGACAUUGACACCCCUGACAUAAACUUGAAAGGCGACAUCGAUACCCCUGACUUCAAUGUGAAGGGAGACAUCGACGGACCUGAUGCCGAUAUUGACAGCCCUGGGUGGAAGUUCAAAGGACCUAAGAUGCCCAAGUUGAAGGGACCAUCAUUCGGAGGGAAAGGAAAGUCUGGCGAUAGUGACUACGAUGGCCCUGACUUCGAUAAACCUAAAGUAAAAGCAAACGUCGAGGUUCCAGACGCAAGUAUUAAAGGGCCUGAUAUCGAUGGCUCAGCAGGCGGCAGGAUAAAUCUACCAGAUGCAAACAUCAAGGGACCCGGAUUAAAAAUCAAGGCCGACCAUGAAGAAUCUUCCUCAGAUUCAGACGAUGACCAUUCUCACGGAUUCUCAAUGCCGAAAUUCAAAAUGCCUAAAUUCAAGGGACCAUCCUUUGGGGGACAAGGGAAAUCUGGCGACAUCGAUGUCGAGGGGCCUGAUUUUAAAGGUCCCAAAGUGAAAGGAGACGUUGACACCCCUGACAUAAACUUGAAAGGCGACAUCGAUACCCCUGACUUCAAUGUGAAGGGAGACAUCGACGGACCUGAUGCCGAUAUUGACAGCCCUGGGUGGAAGUUCAAAGGACCUAAGAUGCCCAAGUUCAAGGGACCAUCAUUCGGAGGGAAAGGAAAGUCUGGCGAUAGUGACUACGAUGGCCCUGACUUCGAUAAACCUAAAGUAAAAGCAAACGUCGAGGUUCCAGACGCAAGUAUUAAAGGGCCUGAUAUCGAUGGCUCAGCAGGCGGCGGUAUAAACCUACCAGAUGCAAACAUCAAGGGACCCGGAUUAAAAAUCAAGGGCGACCAUGAAGGAUCUUCCUCAGAUUCGGACGAUGACCAUUCUCACGGAUUCUCAAUGCCGAAAUUCAAGAUGCCUAAAUUCAAGGGACCAUCCUUUGGGGGACAAGGGAAAUCUGGCGACAUCGAUGUCGAGGGGCCUGAUUUUAAAGGUCCCAAAGUGAAAGGAGACGUUGACACCCCUGACAUAAACUUGAAAGGCGACAUCGAUACCCCUGACUUCAAUGUGAAGGGAGACAUCGACGGACCUGAUGCCGAUAUUGACAGCCCUGGUUGGAAGUUCAAAGGACCUAAGAUGCCCAAGUUCAAGGGACCGUCAUUCGGAGGAAAAGGAAAGUCUGGUGAUAUAGAUAUUAAGGCGCCGGACUUCGAUGGCCCCAAAGUGAAAGGAGACAUUGACACCCCUGACAUAAACUUGAAAGGCGACAUCGAUACCCCUGACUUCAAUGUGAAGGGAGACAUCGACGGACCUGAUGCCGAUAUUGACAGCCCUGGUUGGAAGUUCAAAGGACCUAAGAUGCCCAAGUUCAAGGGACCAUCAUUCGGAGGGAAAGGAAAGUCUGGCGACAUUGACUACGAUGGCCCUGACUUCGAUAAAUCUGAAGUAAAAUCAAACGUCUUAGUCCCAGACGCAAGUAUUAAAGGGUCUGAUAUCGAUGGCUCAGCAGGCGGCAGUAUAAAUCUUCCAGAUGCAAACAUCAAGGGACCCGGAUUUAAAAUCAAGGGCGACCAUGACGGAUCUUCCUCAGAUUCGGACGAUGACCAUUCUCACGGAUUCUCAAGGCCAAAAUUCAAGAUGCCUAAAUUCAAGGGACCAUCCUUCGGGGGACAAGGGAAACCUGCCGACAUCGAUGUCGAGGGGCCUGAUUUUAAAGGUCCCAAAGUGAAAGGAGACGUUGACAUCCCUGACAUCAACUUGAAAGGGCCGGACUUCGAUGGCCCUAAUGUGAAAGGCAACAUCGACACACCAAAUAUCAUUUCAACAGGAGACAUUGAUACACCAGACGUCAACGUAAAGGGAGACAUCGAUGGACCUGAUGCUGAUAUCCAUGGACCAGGCUGGAAGUUCAAAGGACCUAAGAUGCCAAAAUUUAAGGGCCCUUCCUUUGGUGGGAAGGGAAAGUCUGGUGAUAUUGAGGUUGAGGGGCCUGAGUUUAAAGGGCCUAAAGUGAAAGGAGACAUAGACUCCCCUGAUGCUGAUUUCAAAGGAGGCAUCGAGGGACCUGAUGCUGAUGUCGAUAGCCGUUGGAAAUUCAAGGCUCCUCAUUUCCAUAUGCCAAGCCUGAAAGGCAAAUCUAAGUCUUACAAACUAGACCACGGAUUUCCUGAAACUGAAGAUGCUACCGUGAAAGGUUUUGUAAAUACUCCUGACGUCGGUAUUCAAGGUCCUAGCAUUGACAAACCUGACAUCAAGUUGCCUUCAGGAAAAAUUGAUUUCGAGCAUGAUACAGGAUCAACGAUGCCCGACGUUAAAGGCCCGUCAUUUGAAGUCAAGAUGGGCACCCCAGAUGUUGUUAGAGGCCCUAGUGUAAAAGGUCCGUCGGUGACGGGAGACAUGAGAGGUCCUGAUGUUGGUGGCUACAUAGCAACGCCUGAUCGAGACGAUAAAGACAAUGAUUCUUGGUUCGGUUUGAAACUUCCUGGUUGGCUUAAAGGUUCCCAGAGCCCAGAUAAGCCGUCUGCCGAUGCAAGCCUCAGGGGACCUACGGUUGAUAUCAGUGGUCCAAAUUUAGACUUCGAGGGAGAUGCUAAUGCCGGUUUUAGCACCCCCAAACAGACCGGUGGUGUUGAGGGACCCGACUUUAACGUGAGUGGGCCUUCAUUUGGUGGUGGAUUUAAUAUCAGUCAUGAUCAUAAUUUUAAUGACGACAUAGUAACUGUCGUGCAAACGGACGAUCUCGAAACAGUGGCGCAUGACACUCAUUUUGAUGACCUUCAAUAUGAUGGAAAAGAUCUUAAAGUAAAAGGAGAAGCAACAAAGCUUAAGAUCGGCGCAAGAAGAGAUCGUUCUAGCUCUAGUUCAAGCUCGUCUGACGAUGAAAUUAAAGCACCAAGAAUUAAAGGUGGUUUGGAGCUUGCCAAGCAGCGGCAUCGGAAGUCGUCUAGCUCAUCAUCCGACGGCGAGAAACAGAGAAGAAGACGAAGGAGGAAGUCGAGCUCAGGCAGUGAAGGCAAAAGUAAACUUGGCUUUAAGGGACCUAGGAUGCCAAUCGUCGAGGCCGAUAUCACAGCCGAAAGGAAAAGUUCUGCUAGCUCUCUCUCCGGUCCAGAUGGAACAACUAAGUUUGGCGUAGAUGUAGAAAAGCCAAAAAUUAAAGGACUCCCUAAAUCUAAUUCCUCUUCAUCAUCGUCAUCUUCAUCUUCCUCUGAUGAGGAAAAACGCGUUGACGUUAAGUUCCCCGUUCAUGAGGUAGUAACCCCCAAAAUUAAGUCUUCGCCAAGCCCUUUGACAGUCCCAGGAAAAGACACUAGCUCUAGUAGUAGUUCAAGCUCUUCGAGUGAGAGUGAAGAUAACGCCAAAAGAGAUACUGGAAAGAAAACCUUCCGCCUUCCAUCUGCAGACGUCUCUGUUGAUCCUGAGCAAAUCCAAGUGGUCGAAAGCUCAGUUGUUGAAACUCUUGACGAAGAUUUUGAUAAGAUGUUUGGGGAAGAUCCCGGAGACAGGAAAAUAGUGAAGACCAAGCAAACUGUCAUGAAGGUUGAAUCAACAAAGGUAUUCCCAUCAGCGGGUGGCACGGUUAAUCUCAAGCUAGUCCCAAAGCCAGACGCUCAAUCUUCGAAACACCCUACCUCUCCGACGUCGCCAUCCAACAUUGAUUCAAGGCUGUGGGAGAUAGUUCAAGGAUACAUUGAUCAAGAUUCUAUUCUAGAUGAAGACGGAAAGCCUGUGAGACGAAAUUCAGGGGAAAGGAAGGCGAGGGCAAGAUCGCUUCCCCCAAGGACGAGUCCUUUGAGACCUUUAUCUUCGGAGAUCUCACUUGACGAUGACGCGAAGGAUGAUCCGUGGAUGAGGCAUUAUGGCAGAGUAGGGGAUAUGAGCAGGUCUACAGAGCAACUAGACCGACCAAAAUCCAGAAGUAUUGACCGCGCAGAAAAAGUCAGUCCCUCAUUCGUAUUCUCUAAAAUCCCCCAUGUUAAAGGACCACUCAGUACCGCCGAGCGUACUGAACCUAGCCCCCAGGACCAGCAGCCGACAUCACCUACUAGUCAGGACCGGCAAAAAAUCCGAGACCUUGGAGGUGCACCAAGGAGACGACUGCACGAGGGUAUGUUCGACCUUAACAGAGAGCGACCCAGACCUAGGUCCACAGACAUCGAAGUACCAAGGGAGAGUAGGAAGAUGCUUUGGGAGCUUGAAACUGCAAAGGCUAACAAAAGCGUUGAUGAGCCCAAGCGGAGAUCGUACGAACCUGUCACAGGCGUCGAAAUGAGACAGAAACGUCCUGGCGCCGAGGCGAGACCGAGGCCUAAGUCUACACCUGUCUCAACGGCAUUCGGUCGAAAUAUUGCUCCUGUCGAAGUCGAUAUCCCGAUAUCCACGACCUCGUCGACUAGGAAAGACACGGAUAGCCCUAAAAUAGCUUCGCUUUCCGAGCGAAAGAAACAGCUUUCCGUUCAAUUACCAUACCUUCAAAAGCCAAGAGAAGAGGAGACGGAAGGGCAGAGAAGGUUAAUGUCCCAGCAGCAGCGAGAUCUAGAGAGACGGAGGCAGUUCAUGGAGUCGGGUAAACCUGGAGAGACCCGAGGACUUACUCUCAGAGAAAGAAAGGCACAGUUCGAUAAGAAGACAGACAUCAGACCAUCAGUAGACGAUAAAGUGAACAAGACACAGCCCCAAGCUCAACCUAAGCCUCGACCAAGAACAAACAGACCGGCCCAGCCUGUUCCAGCAAGGAGACAAUCACCUCGAGUGCCUGAGGCGUCAGGCGGUCAUCCUCAGAAACCCGAACCAAAACCUAGAGCGCAAUCAAAGCCAGCAAAGCCUACUCAAAACGUCAAUCAGGCAGACGAUCUCGACACUUCUGCUGCUCCGUUAUCUCCCGAUCUUGAUCGACUUGCUACCGAUUUGUCGUUGAAUCCAUCGUUGUCUGCCGAUAUGCCGUUAAUGAGGGAACUUUUGAUUGGAACUAGCACGUCGCCGUUUGAGAUCGAUCUAAAUGCGUCCAACUCGAAUGGUGCAACCCGUACGUUUACAGAAAUAUAGUCUGAAUAGGUGUUAGAGGAGUUGAAUAUUUCGAUUAUAUUUUCUAAGAAUGUCAUAUUUUCGAAAAAUGGUUUUCUUACAUAGAAACAAAUCAUAAACAGAACAAACGCUUAAAAAGCUUAUGCUUCGCAACAUUAGAGGUAUUUCAUUCGAAAUUAAUAAGCUUUCUCACAGUUGAAAGCUUCUAUAUUGACGUGCCCACUUUAUAGAAGACCCAACAACAGUGAUAACGCAUUAUAUCGCAAUUUAUGAUGGAUUUCGUCAAAAUAUAAAUUUGCUCACGCAUUUUGUAGUCAAACGAAAAAUAAUUCAAAAUAAUACAAAAUAUUUUCAUUGUAGAAAUAUUAUUAUUAUUCGAUUACAGCAGUAACGCCACUAGUAUCGCAGCACUGAAUUCCAGUUUGUAUAUUCCAUUAUAGACUUUGUCAACCAAUUUUUGAUAGAUAAGAUCCACCGUUAUUUGUGCUAAUCAGACAAACUAUAUUUCAAAGUAUUUAUUCAAUAGUCACUUCACUAUAGCCAUAUUUUCUAAUCUUUCUGAGAAAUUAACAUGUAGUAUUCGCUUUGACAUAAUUUGCCAAGCAAUAAAAUGAUUUGCAUUAUACUUUGUAAUAAAUAAGUAAUAUUCGA